AUUUUGUGGAAUAUCAUAUCCUCAUUGUAAAACGACAACCACCACCUCGAAAUACUCUCAUCUCAAGCUCUCAUCAGAACAACAAUUCUGUAACAAUGGAAGCCUCAAAGAUGUUGCUAUUUUCCUCAAUACCAACCACAAAAAUAAGCACAAACAAUUUCAAUCACUCACUUAGAAGACCUACUACUAGAUCUCACGUAGGACUCAAAAUAAAGAACAUGGCAAAGGAAGGAAGCGACACAAACAUCAGCAUAACAGAAAAAGCAGCAAUAGCAGGUGGUUUAAUAUCAUCUCCAGUUAUAGCUUGGUCUCUCUACACACUUAAAACAACAGGUUGUGGUCUUCCACCAGGACCUGGUGGAUCAAUUGGAGCAUUAGAAGGAAUAAGUUACCUAGUAGUUGUUGGAAUUGUAGGUUGGUCUUUAUACACCAAAACUAAAACAGGUUCUGGUCUUCCUAAUGGGCCUUUUGGGUUAUUAGGUGCUGUUGAAGGCUUAUCAUAUUUGGCAUUGGUUGCAAUUGUUGUUGUUUUUGGGUUGCAGUAUUUUCAACAAGGUUACAUUCCAGGUCCUCUCCCUGCUGAUCAGUGCUUCGGCUAGCUUUUUUUGGAAAUCAGAUUCUCUGUUGUCAUGACCAUACAUACGGUUGGUGACUGCUGGGAAUUUGGGUUUGUUUUUUCCUCUUUAAAUUUUUAAUAGGAUAAUGUGAUAUGAGCCACUAGAAUUCUAUCUUUGUCCUUGUGGAUUUGGUAGCUCCAUGUAACUUACAAAUUUCUUUUUCCACUGCCUCUUUGUGUUAUUAUAUUUUUGGUGUAAAAUGCUGUGAUGGUAAAUGGAAAAUUCUUGUGUGUGUUUAUAUAACUA